GACGUGAUGGCGCAGCGAGCGGUCCUGUAGUUGUUGCUGGAGCCGGAGAGAAAGGGGUCAGUUCGUGGAUCCGGGAAUCGGGCCCCGCUGCAAGGAAAAGAAUUUAUAACUCUUGCUGAAGCUGUUGUUGGAUGUGGCAAUAUCCAGGGAGGCUUUGAGUCUCCAGUGGUCACCAUGGAAAAAAGGUGAAAAUUCUCAACCAAGAACAUAAGGGAAGGCAAACAUAGACUUUGGAUAUUUCUAACAUGCAGUCAAUUUAAUGGAACAAGAGGAUAAAUGGGAUCCACAGAGACAGACUGCCUUGUAAUUUCUUCAUUGGCGGAUGUAGAAUACGUUCCUAUGCAUUGGCUGUAGAUUAGAAUACUGGCCAAAUCAGUCACUUUUCCUCAUGGCCUACAGCAGCACCCUAGCAGUUCCAUUACUAUUUUUGGCAUUGAAGAUCUUCAGAUGUGGAGCUGAAGAAGUAUCGUGUUGUUAUCAAGCAAGGGAGUAUCCAAUUUGCAGAGAUGCCUGUGAUCAGCUAACAUCCACAAAAAGUGAGUCUCGGCUGAAACACCUUCUGCAGCGAUUACCUGGUUACUGUCCGGAGUCUCUGCUUGAAUUCUGGGUUUGCAUUAACUCUUCUUUACCUGGAGCAUCAAAGAAAACUGAAGGCUGGGUUGGCUUGGGGUGUUGUGAGUUGGCCAUUGCUGGAGAAUGUCGACGUGCAUGUAAGCAGGCUUCUUCAAAGAAUGACCUUAAGAGCUGUAGAAAGGAAUUUGAGACUGCUUUUUUCAGCUGUGUGAACAGAAAUGAGAAGGGAUCCCUGUGUUGCAGCUAUGCAGGCCGACACACAAACUGUAGAGAAUAUUGCCAAGCUAUUUUCCGUACAGAUUCUUCUCCCACACAGUCGCAGAUUAAAGCUGUAGAAAACUAUUGUGCCUCCAUCAGCCCACAACUUAUUCAAUGUGUUGACAACUAUACUCGCUCAUAUCCAAUGAAAAAUCCCAUUGAUAGUUUAUAUUGCUGUGACAGAGCAGAAGAUCCAGCUUGUCAGACAACUUGUCAAAGAGUGCUGAUGACAAAAUCAACAGAUCAAGAAAUUGUUGACGGACUUAUUGAAGGGUGUAAGAAAAUGCCUCUGCCUCAGGAUCCACUCUGGCAGUGUUUUCUAGAAAGCUCUGGAUCGAGUAACCCAGAUAAUAGUACAAAUGGGUUGCCUGCUACAGCUGUUGAUGGUGCUAAGUUGCACUGUUGUUCCAAAGCAAACACUUCUAUCUGCAGGGACCUGUGUAUUAAGUUAUACAGCAGCAGGUGGAGAGGCACAACUCACUGGCAAGAAUUUGAUAGGGUCUGUGAAUAUAAUCCUCUGGAAGCUGCAAUGUUCACGUGCUUGGCUGAUGUCAGAGAACCAUGUCAGCUGGGUUGUCAAGGUCUCAAGUACUGCACUAAUUUUAACAACAGACCCACAGAAUUAUUCCGCAGUUGCAAUACUCAGUCAGACCAAGGAGCCAAGAAUGACAUGAAACUCUGGGAGAAAGGGACCAUAAAGAUGCCAUUUAUGAACAUACCAGUGAAAAAUAUUAAGACCUGUCAACCAGAAAUGUGGAAAGCAAUUGCCUGCUUAUUACAAAUCAAACCGUGCCACAGCAAGUCUGGAGGAAGUAUAUGCAAGUCAGACUGUGUAGAAAUUCUUACAAAUUGUGGAGACCAUAGUAACUUUCCAGCAGGGCAGACCGCUGAAACAAUUUGUAAUCUUUUGUCCCCAGUUGAUGAUUUCAAGAAUUGCAUUCCACUCAAAAAGUAUCUUGCUCCAAGUCCUUUCCGCAACAUUGUUGAAGAAGUCAUUCAUCCUUGUAACCCUAAUGUGUGCCCCAAUAACCAUGUGUGUGAGGUAAAUCGAAAGGGAUGCCAACCUGGACAAGACUGUCUUCCCUACUUGUGUGUCCCAGGAUGCAAGCUGGGAGAGGCUUCUGAUUUCCUUGUACGGCAGGGCACCCUGAUUCAGCUUCCUGUGGCAAAUGGAGAAAUGGGUUGUUACAGGGUGUGCACUUGUGGCCCAAGUGGACGGUUGGAAAAUUGUCUGGAGAUGCCUUGUAUUGACGUUCAAAAAACCUGCAUUGUAGGAGGCCAGAGGAAAAGUCAUGGAACAUCUUUCAAAGUGGACUGCAACAUAUGCUCAUGUUUUGCUGGGGACCUAAUUUGCUCAAAUCGUCAGUGUUUGAGUGAAUACAGUUCUCAAACGGAUCGGAGUAUGUUCACAGGUCUUCCCUGUAACUGUGCUGACCAGUUUGUACCGGUUUGUGCUCAUAAUGGACGUACGUACCCAAGUGCUUGUAUUGCAAGAUGUGUUGGACUGCAAGACAAUCAAUUUGAAUUCGGACCCUGUAAAUCCAAAGAUCCAUGCACUCCCAAUCCAUGUUCCAAAAGUCAAAGGUGUAUUCCAAAGCCAAAGGUUUGUCUGACUAGCAUUGCAUUGCUUGAUUGUGACCAGUACGAGUGUAUCUCAAGAUCAAUGAGUUGUGAGCUGCUUCCAGUUGAACCUGUUUGUGAUACAGAAAAUGUGGAACACUCCAAUCGGUGUGCUUUGUACCAAAGAGCCAAAACAUUGUCCUACAUGGGCCCAUGCCAGGAUAUAUGUAGGCAGCAGUCAGUCUGUGGUCAUAAUGGUGAGACCUAUGAUAAUGUAUGUGCUGCUUACUCCGAUCGUGUGGCAGUGGAUUAUAUUGGACGUUGCCAAGCUGUAGGCAUUCUCCCCAGUAACAAUUCUCACCCAGAGUGCUCAUCUGUCACAUGUUCACCGCUCCCUAGCAAUGGAUGCAAACCUGUCACUCCACCCGGAGCCUGUUGCCCACUGUGUGCUGGGAUGCUACGUGUAUUAUGGAGCAAAGAUCAGUUGGACCGCCUUGCGAAGUUAAAUGGGGGACAACCAGUCUCUGUACACGACAUCAUUUAUAUUUUGCGUUUCCACGUUUCAGUACCUCAAUGUGAUGUUUUUGGCUACCUAAGUAUAGAAUCUGACCUCGUGAUCCUCAUCAUUCCAGUGGAUCAAGAUCCAACAACUUUACAAAUUGAGGCUUGCAAUAAAGAGGCUGAGAAGAUUGACUCUCUCAUACAAUCUGGUAGUCCAACUUUAAUGGCCCAUGUACCUCUGUCAGCACUUACCACCUCACAGAUGCAAGUUUCAUUACUGGAUUCAUCUGACUCUGCAAAGACAAUCCUCUCCUCAUCUGCACUUUUACUAAGCCUAGUGGUUGCUUUGUCAGGAUUUUUAUGAUUCAGAAAGACAUUGCAUCUUAUAAAAUCAGGACAAGUCUGCAUUUAACUUGCUCUUGUGGAAUGCAUGCUUAAUGGCUGAACUACAACUCCCUACAUAGUAAAUAUAGAGGAAGAGAAGCCAAUGAGCUAUACAAAAUUUAAACUUUGGCAUCUUCUAAAUGCAAGUAGAAUUCAAAAUAUAUCUUUAUACAGGCCUUUUUAUGAAGGGCUUUGUUUAUUUUAUUUAAAAUGAUUGCAGUUUAAAUUAGUUAGCUAUAGUGCAUUUAUUUCUUAGAACUGUUUGAUUAUAGUUUGUACCGUGAAGUGCAACUUGACAUAAAAUAGGGAAUUGAUUGAAUUCAAUACCGAAAGAUUUGACAUGAUGCAAUUUGAUCAAUAUUGCAUCAGUUUAAAUCAUGUAUUAAGUUUAUAAUCUAGAGCACAAGCGGGCCUUUUGACCCAACAGGUAUGCAUCAGUGUUUAAAUUCCAUACAACUGUAAUAACUAAUAAUAUUUUUCCUGGAAUGAUUUCUUUUCACCUCCUCCAUUACACUUAUUGAUCUAAAUUCACAUUCCUCAUGUUCAGUUCUUCAUUUUUCACCAUUUUUGCUUUCAAAUGCUUUCAUAAGUUUGAUCACAUUAGUUAGAUUACCAUAACUGCCAUUUUUGCUAUAGUGAACACGUCCCUGGUUAUCUUAUCAUAUCUCUGGGGCACCCUGCUUGCUCCAAUGUAAAAUUGACUUGUUACCAUUUUCUGUUUUCUUCCUUUUAAUUAUGUUUACACAUAUGUCACCUAUUUUGCCCUUAAUAGUUUGGGUCUUAAAUUUUGCAACAUGUUUCUUAGUACUUUACCAAAUUUUGCUCAGAAAUUCUGAAUUUCCUACAUCCAGUGCAAAACUUUUGUCUACAGACUUAACAAUUUUUGGAAGAAUUUGAUAAUAUGUCUGAAGCUUGAGCUACCCUUAAAUCCAUUAGCACAUACGUUUCUAAUGCUCCCCCUAUUUAGAAUCUCCAGUAGUUUUUCAGCCACUAAUGUGAGCGUUAUUGAGCUGUAAUGAUGUUCAUGAACCCCAAGACCUAAGCACACUUGCAAUCCUACAAGAAAUUUUGUGAAAUUACCUCUGCUAUUGCAGCUGUAAUGAGCCUGUUUUCUGAAGGGUGCACUCUUUAGGUCAGGAUAAUUGUUAAUUUAAACUAGAUUUGUUUAAUGCAAUUUACUUCCUACUUUUUAAUAGAUCUAUUGGUCCUAUACGUGCUUCUUAGGACUUCACCAGUGCAUUCAUCUGUAUUCAUAGAGAUCAGAAACUUAAAGCAUACGUGAUGAUGUUAAAACAGAAAUAGCUGGAAAAGCUCAGCAUAACUGGCAGCAUCAACCAGUUCUAUUAAACGGUCUCUGGACCCGAAAUGUUAAUUCUGCUUUCUCUCCACCAUGCUGCUAGACUUGCUGUGUUUUUCCAGCAAUUUCUGCUUUUGUUUCUGAUAUCCAGCAUCUGCAAUUCUUUGAUUUUCUGUAAUCAUGCUGUUCGCACUUUACAAGUCCCAUUGCUUUGUUGACGGUGUUUUUUUGGAGGUCAAUUUAUUGAAUAAUAGCUUUCUCUCUGUCAGCCAGACUCAGUUGGUGGCAAAAACUUCCCUGAACCACAAAGUUCUUAGUCCAAGCCCCAUUCACGGCUCAAGCACAAACUUCAAGGCUGAUACUCCAGUGCAUUACUAGGGAGAACAUUGCACUGUUGAAGGGGCUGUGUUUUGGAUAAGUCAUUAAACCAAAGUCCUGUCUGCCUGCUUAAGUAGAUAUAAAAGAUCCAGUGGCAUUAUUUCAAAAUGAAAACAGCAGAGGAGUUAUCCUCUGUGUCAUGGCCACUAUUUAUUCCUCAAUCCAAAUUACCGAAAAAAAAAAACAUUAUCUGGCCAUUAUCGCAUUGCUUAACAGCGACUGUAUUUCAAUAAGUAGUCCAUUGGCUGUCAAAUGGUAGUGAGAAUUGGUAUAUAAGUGCAAGUCAUCUUCUAGCCAUUCAAAACACAUUUUAAAAAAAAGGGAAUGCUUUUUUUUUUGCUUUGACUAUUUCUUCUGGUUAACCAGAGGCUUUUUUUGUUAGAACAAAAACAGAAUUGCUUGGAAACAUUCAGCAGGUCUGGCAGCAUGUGUGGAGAGAAAGCAGAGUUAACACUUUAAGUCCAGUGACUCUUCAAUCUCCAGAACUCUCCAGUUCUGAAUAAGAGUCACUGAACUCAAAAUAUUAACUGACACAUUCUCCACAGAUGCUACUAGACCUGCUCCUCCAGCAAUUUUUGUUUUGGUUUCAGCUUUCCAACAGCUAUGGCUCUUUCUGUUUUUAUAUUUCCUUAUUUUGACUUAAUCUUGUUCAUCCAAGCUACCUGUGCUCCUGCUGUCAUGUUUUCAAUUGCACUGUACCUAUUUUCACACUUAACUGUUUUCUGUUGUUUCUUUAUUAUUUCAACCUGCCAAUCUUACUAUCUGAUUAGGUGUUCUUUACAUUGUGUGCUUCUUUGCUCCAGGUUCUUUAUAUCUCCCUUACUCCACCUCUCAUUUGCUUUCAUUGAAUUUAGUCUUUAUUGCAAAGGUAUCCAACUCUUUGAAUGCCUAAGGUCAUUUUCAAACUUCAAAACACAUACACAUUUUAUAUUUGUAGUUCAAAAUGCUGGAACUUCCUAAAGAAUGUCAUUCUGUAACAAACACUAAAGUCCUGUACACUGACACUACUCAUUUCUUAUAUUUUGAAACAACUCAAUGAAUACUUUUGAUGAUACAGGAGCAAUGCUUAACCCCUCUUGGUACUAAUCGUAUCAUCUGCUCGAUUUCCAGUAGUACAGUCGGAAAUUUGAUUGAAACCUGGAAAAUCUCAUUUUGUAUGAAGCAUAUCCCCCAAACCAUAUCCAGUUUAUCAAAUUAUUUAUUGACUAACCCUCCCAUGUCCCAAGGGAGCUAAAUGAACACAGCUAAAAUUUUGUACCCACAGUUUUAAAGGGAGACCAGAGAUAUUUGUGUAUAUGCAAAUCUUUGAAAUUGGCAGUACAAGUUGACAUCGUUUUCAAAAUGCAGAAUCCAGAAACCUUUGCAUGUAGCUUUACAUGCAGGUAGAGAGUACAAAAGGAAUGAAAUUAUGCUGUAAGUUUUAUGGAUCACUGGUGAUUUUCCAGCUGGUGUAUGCUUUUGAAAGCAAAUCAAAGUAUUAGGAUACACAGGAAAUCUAUUAGAAUUGUACCGAGGAUAUGGAACUUCUUUUACAAAAGGAUAAAAGAAUUUUGGGCUGUUUGCUCUCUGAGCAGAGAAGGUCACAAGGAUAUUUAAUAUAUGUUUUUAAUCUCUUGAAGAGUUUUGAAAGAGUAAAUAAGGAGAAGUUUUUUUUCCAGUAGCAGAAGAGUCAGUAACUGAAGGACCCAGAUCUAAGAUUAUUGAUAAAAGAACCAGGGGCAAGAUGAGUUCUUUUUAACUGCAGGAUGUGAUCUGAAAUGCACUACCUAAAAGGCUGCUGGAACAAUUCCAUUAACAAAUUUAAAAGGGAAUUGGAUAAACAUUUCAAUGGAAGACUUUAUAGAUCUGAAUGAAAAGCCCACUAAUGUGAAACAAAUUGAGUAGCUCUUUCAAAUUGCUAACAAAUGCACAAUGGGCCAGUGGUUUCCACCUGUGCUAUUGGAUACUAUGAUUUUUAAUUCAUUCAUGGAAUCUGGACCUUACUGACUAAGUAUGCAUUAAUACAGUUCUAUCAUUUCAUUCGAUUGAGUUUGUCCUGGACCCUAGAGGUUAUCCAAGGUACGAAACCAACUGUUCAAUUCCCAUUGUUCAAUUCUAUCCAAAUGCAUUUCACAGAUUGUAAUAUCAUCAUAGAUCCCUACAGUGCGGAAGCAAGCCAUUCAGCCUAUCAACACCACACUGAACCUCUAAAGAGCAUCCUACCCAAAUUCAUCCCCCUACCCUAUCCCUGUAA